CUAAAACUCAAAACGAAACGACGGCGUUGAGACUUUGAGUACUGUGUGAGAGACGCACAUUUCAUUCAAUUUGAUUUAUUACCCUAAACCAUAAUCACAUACUCGAAAAACCCUAAUUUGUAGAUUCAGAGAGAUAACAAACGAGAAUGGGAGGUUCACGAAGAAAAUACAAGAAUUCUCGACCUAAGGUUCGUGUGGGUCUUCCAAAGAAGAACCCUAAAGUUUUGAAACCCGCUUUCACCAUUCCUCCCAAACUGUUACAAUCCCUUGCAGAAGACCCUAAAUGGGAUGAAAAAGGAAGCGUCACACAAAACUACAACUCCUUCGGUGUCGUCAAUGACCCUAACUCCCUCAACGAUAAUCUUCAAGCUCCUUCUGUUUCCGAUGACCCCAACGAUUCCGGCAGUGAUCUCGAAGAAGACGAUUUGAAAUCGGCACUGGGAAAGAGGAGAAGAGAUGGUAAAAGUGCACUUCCUCAACCUUUGACUUCAAUUCAGCGUCUUUAUAUUAGUCGGCUAGUUGAAAAAUAUGGAGCUGAUUUUCAGAGAAUGAUGAUGGAUAUAAAGCUAAAUCCUAUGCAGCAUUCAGUUGCGACUUUAGAGAAAUUGUGCAUGAGCUAUUACAUAUACAAGAACAAGAAUCCGCUUAUUGUUGGAAGAUGAAAUGCUUGGCUUAGGAGCAAGUGUAGUGCUGUCGAAGAUUACCAACUACUGGUGUAUGGGUCAUAAUGGGCACUUUGGAUGUUGCUCGUGGAAUAUUGUUAUGAAAUUUUGCUGAUGCCUUUUAAUUUGUAUGGAUUUUUGUUGGGGAAGAUGAAGCCCUAUGGUCUUCUUGCCUGUUGCCGAAAAUGUUUUAGUAGAUGAAAGUAAUUUUUUUAUGGAAUGUGUAGGUAGUUUGUUUUUGGUUUAUGUAUCCUUUUGUUGGUGAAGAUGAAGCAAUUCUAUGAUCACUUUUGAACCAAUACAGAAUCUUUCUUCAAACCUUUCACUAAAAUGUUCGUUAAAUUCA